AUGGUCAUGGAACUGUUGAUGUUUGCCUUGAUACUGGUGACUACAGCCUGGGCUGAAGCAACGGACAAGGUUGUGGGAUCCAAAGGCUACGGCUGUAGUGUGGGACAACGCCCCUACCAGGUUGCUCUCUUCUAUUCCAACCACUUGCUGUGUGGCGGAGUCCUCAUACACCCCCAGUGGGUUCUUACUGCUGCUCACUGUCAAAAACCGAGACUACAGGUCCUCCUGGGCAAGUACAACAUUCGGCAGUGGGAGCAAAGUCAGCAGCUGAGCACAGUCUUCCAGGCUAUCCCACAUCCAGCCUAUGAUAGAGUUCGACAUGAUAAUGACAUCAUGUUGUUGAAGCUACCUCGGCCCAUGACUAUGUCUUCCUAUAUCCAGCCUCUGACUCUUCCUUGGGAAUCAGACUGCACAGACAAUUCCACUUCACCCUGUGUCAUCUCUGGCUGGGGCAAGACAGAUGCCCAGGGCCAUUACCCAGACACACUCCAAUGUGCCUCCAUUCACCUGGUACCUCAUAAGACCUGCCAACAGGCCUAUCCCAACCAGAUUACUGCCAAUAUGGUGUGUGCAGGAGAACAGAAGAGUGGAACAGACUCCUGCCAGGGUGAUUCUGGGGGACCCCUAGUGUGUCAGGGACGUCUUCGUGGUCUAGUGUCCUGGGGGGAGGUUCCCUGUGGCUCAACCCAGAAGCCAGGAGUCUACACUGAUGUGUGCCGAUACGGUGACUGGAUCCAAAGAACAAUUCAAGCCCACUGA